GCAUGUGGCGCAUCGGUCCCGUCAAAAGCUAAAGGAGCCAACGCACGCUGCUGUCGUUUCGCGCACACGUGAAGCUUCCUUACACAUACCACUAAAAACUUCUGUUACACCUCUGUAGUUUUCUUUUUAGUCACUCAGUUUAAUAACUUGCUUAAGGUUCUUAGCGCAAAACACAGACGAAGCAUGCCGUCCUGAUGGUAGCGAGACCCGAUGUGACUGAACUCUGGAAGCGCCGGCGAGUCUGCGUGCCUUGGGGAUAUGAGUGGCCCUGCAAAUGGCACCCCUGGCAAGAGCAGCCCCCAGCUACCCAGGGGUGUUCUGGCGAGAAGCGGGACACCUUUCCCACCGGGUGCCAGGCUUCCCUCACUUCGAGCUCCAAGAGACCUGACUCUUUCCGGAGGGGCGCAAAAGAGGACAUUUGCACCGAACGUGUCGGCACCCCGCAGAGCUCCAACCAAGGACAAUGACAGUGGACCUAGCGUCGCGGAAGGUGGCAGGCCUGGCAGGGGGGGCCACCGGGGCGGCCGUGGGAGUGAGAGAGGUCGCAGCAGGGGCCGCGGCAAGGCGCAGCUCAUCCAGACGCAGGGCUCUACUUUCGCGGACGGGCUUGGGGAAGCAACACGGAGGCCAGGUGCAAGGCAUUCGGUGGCAUCCUCAGACUCGGGCAGCGCGCCUGAGAGGCCCAAGUACGUCCCCUCGCACACUCUGACCGCCAAGGAGAAGCAGGAGGAUGACAAGAGGCUGGCCCUGCUGUUGCGCAGCGACUUCAUCGACGAUGGAGACCAGGAGGCAAGUCGACUUCAUCCGGUCACGCUGCCCCUGGCCUGCGUCAAGAAGGAGGAGGAGGAGGACACCAAGCCAGUGGUGGUCAAGAAGGAGAAGAUGGACCCAGACGGGGAGGGGGCAAUGGCCACGCCCCCGCCGGCGGUCAAGGUGGAGCCCCAGGCCCCAUUGGCAAGGGCACCCAUGGCCGAGUUGUGCAUGGACCCCAACAUGCCAGAGGUUGGCCAGCUGUUGUUCUUCCAGUUCCCCGACACCCUGCCGGGCCUGGUGCCCGAACAGCAGGCACCCCCCAAGGGCAAGCCUGGUCAGGGCACGAACCCUGCUGCACCGCCUCCCAAGGCAGAACCCGAGCAGAAGGAACCGGGCAAGCGGCUGACCCUGGCCGACUUUCCCGAGGGCUACGUGGGGAAGUUGCAGGUCCUGCGCUCCGGGCGGAGCCGGCUGCUGCUGGGCUCGGUGGCCCUGACGCUGGAGAGGGGCACCCUGGUAUCCUUCCAUCAAGACCUGGCCUCCCUCAAGGCGACCCCCGAGGAGGGCGGGGGCCACCUCACCAUCCUGGGGCAGGUGCCCCACAAGCUCAUCUGCUUGCCCGACGUCCAGGCCCUGCUGGGUGCCUACGUGAGGACGCUCUAGCACCUCUGGCCUGCCCUUUGUACAUAGGAAUAAAUUAUGGUGAAUGCAAGG